GGAUCCUUCACUGACUGUUGCGCCAUUCCCGUGCGUGCAGUUAUACCGUUGUCCGUCUUACUUCUAUAUAACUUUUUUUAUCACCCGAUCAAGGUUGGAAUCGUCACAAUGGGUGGAGUUCCACCGAACGCCUUCAAACAGAUUAAGGAGAGCCUUAAGUCUAUCUUCAAGAGAAAGAAGAAGGGCGAUAAGAAGAACGCUCAGGCUGCGGAGCAAAAACCAGAGGAUACCACUGCCGCUGGUGCUUCACCAGCUACUGGUGAAGCUACCACCGAAGCAACCACCACCAAUGAGGCUCCGGCCGCGGAAUCCCAGGCUCCUACAGCAACGGGCCCGGCACAAUCGACGCCUGGCAUCUCUCCGGGUACCUCGAUACCAGAGCAGCCUCAUGAUGAGCAUGACGCACUUGCUCCGACACCCUUGCCUCAAAUCCCACCCAUAGAGACAACGGAAUCUGCCGCUCCUGCAGAAACCCCCGCCGCCCAGCCGGCAGCUGCAGCUCCUACUGAGCCCGCCAAACCUGAAGCUAAAUAAGCCCCUUGCUCUUCAAUUCUGUUUCAGUCUUGGCCAUGCGCCGAUCAUCAUUAUCCUUCGUGUUAGUAUUUGAACCGAACUGCGGCUUCAUGGUGACUUAGUGUUAAAUGGAAUAAGAAAAAACCAUUCAUCUUGUGUUCAACGCCCGAAUCAGAUAAGGCUAUUGUGAGCUACAGCA